GGAGCGGGUCCCGGGCGUCCCGGGGCCUAUGUGGUUGGAGUAGGGCGUCCCCGGGCUGAGCGGGCCGAUGGUGGACGGGUUGGGCCCCGGCGGUGUGGCGGCGGACGCCAUGGCCAUCGGCAAGACGGUGUGGUGGCUGAACGAGCAGCUGGAGCGGGGCCGCGAGCGGCUGCUGCUGCUGGACUGCCGGGCCCAGGACCUGUACGAGGCGUCGCACAUCGAGUCGGCCGUCCACGUGGCCAUCCCGGGCCUCAUGCUGCGCCGCCUGCACAAGGGCAGCCUGCCGCUCCGGGCCCUCUUCGCCCGCCCCGACGAGCGGGACCGCUUCACCCGCCGCUGCCGCACCGACACGCUGCUCCUCUACGACCACAACAGCGCCGACUGGAACGAGAACACGGCCGGACAGUCCGUCCUCGGCCUCCUCCUCAAGCGCCUCAAGGACGACGGCUGCACCGCCUUCUACCUCGAAGGUGGGUUCUGUAAGUUCCAAGCCGAGUUCGCCCUGCAUUGUGAAACGAACGGAGACGGCUCCUGCAGCAGCAGUAACAGCAGCAGCGGUGGCGGUGGCAGCUCCCCCCCUCUGCCAGUCUUGGGCCUGGGAGGCCUGCGGAUCAGUUCCGAUUCCUCCUCCGACAUCGAGUCCGACAUCGACCGGGAUCCCAACAGUGCCACCGACUCGGACGGCAGCCCCCUGGCCAACAACCAGCCUUCCUUCCCCGUGGAGAUCCUGCCCUUCCUCUACCUGGGCUGUGCCAAGGACUCCACCAACCUGGACGUUUUGGAAGAGUUUGGCAUCAAGUAUAUCCUGAACGUCACCCCAAACCUGCCCAAUCUCUUCGAGAACGCCGGCGAGUUUAAAUACAAGCAGAUCCCCAUCUCCGAUCACUGGAGCCAGAACUUGUCGCAGUUCUUCCCCGAGGCCAUUUCUUUCAUAGAUGAAGCUCGCGAAAAGAACUGCGGGGUUCUGGUCCACUGCCUGGCGGGCAUCAGCCGGUCCGUCACAGUGACCGUGGCUUACCUCAUGCAGAAGCUCAACCUGUCCAUGAACGACGCCUACGACAUCGUCAAGAUGAAGAAGUCCAACAUCUCCCCCAACUUCAACUUCAUGGGCCAGCUGCUGGACUUCGAGCGGACUCUGGGCCUGAGCAGCCCCUGUGACAACCGGGUUCCCGGCCAGCAGCUCUACUUCACCACGCCGCCCAACCAGAACGUCUUUCAAGUGGAUUCCCUGCAGUCCACGUGAAAUCCGUCUCUUCGGUCCCCAGGGCCCGGAUGGGGUCGUUCCUCUCGCUUCUCUUUGACAAGGCACCAGCUAGGGCAGCUCUCCUCUGUGUGUGUGUGCCCUCCCCCCCCUCAAACCCGGUGUCCGUUUUGACAGCUGCCUCUGCCCGGUAGAUGAGGCUACCGGGGCUGGAAUUGGUUAUCGCCGAGGAAGAGAGUUUCUCAGGUCUCUGAGGAAGAACCCAACGCACAGGCAGCAGAUCCGCUCGGUGCGCACAAGCCUACCUACCUUUGCAGAGCCUGGAAAAAAGGAGGGACUCCCAAACGUGUAGGCAACCUAGGCAACAGGCAAGGAGCGCCCGGUGUUCAAAGACCGGUUUGGUUGGUUUGCUUGUUGCCCGUUAUUGCUUUAGGACUGUCGAUCCCAUUGUCUUCAGUGAAGACUGUUUCGCGUUGGAAUUUCGAGGAGCCAAAGAGAGGUUUCAGCUCUGGGUGUCCGGAGCACACCGGUUUGCGGAGAACUCGGAAGUUCAAUUAAAUUAUUGUAAAUAUUUAAUGACAAAUCGAUUAGCUGUGUGUGUGUGUGUGUGUGUGUGUGUGUGUGUGAGCGCGCACGCGUCCCUGUUUUCUUUUAACUCUCUGAAAGAAAUCAUCCAAAGGGUGGAGAGCGGUGGUUACGUGGCUCACUUCAUAAAAAUUCAGUUGCUGUUUCUGAAUGCAGGGGAUGGAUUUGCAGCCUGCUUGUUUUAGUGUUCCUACUAGGAGAAACUCCUCUGUUCCAAUUUACUUGAACAGAGACUUGAGCCACUCUGACUUGUGUGAUGACUGCUGUCUCGGUCUUUUUUCAUUUAUAAAUAUAUGUAUAUGAAAAACAUAUGUAUAUUUUCUUUUCCCGGUUGAUGUAAUUUGGCUAUGCCUUAUCUUUCUGUAAAUAUACCUGUGUUAUCUUGGAAGGGUUUUCUUUAAACACGGAAAACGUUUGUGUUCACCUUUUUAAUUUUCAGCUGUGCUACACAGUGCAUUACCUCUGUACAAAAUUCUUCAGGGAGAGUCACCUCAAAUGCAAUAUUUUGGGUUGGUUGCUUUUUUUUUCUUUUUUGUGUAAACUGGAAGUGUGUGUGAGCAUGGGUACCCAGUGAACUGCACAUGAUUGCCAAUAAGGGAGAGUGUAAUUGCUCCAUUAUGUUCGUGGUGUAGAAUUUUAUGUUGGAGUGUAUUAUAAGAAUGUAAAACCUUAAAAACCUUAAAUUAUUAAUAAAUACCUAUUUUGGCUAUUGAUAA